AUGUGGCUAAGGAGGUUAUUUCGAUCGAUAAAUGAGCGAUCUACUGGUUCUAGCCUGUUGGGUGAUUUCUCUGUUAUCGAUAAGGAGUCACAAUUUGGAUCUCCUGCAGAUCUUUCUGGUGAUAGUGCACGAACGGAAGCAAACGCUAAGGGCAAUGAAGGUCCAGAUGGAGAAAAUGUGUGCUCUAGUAAGGAUUCAGACUUUGCAUUAAGCUCUGGACAGACUUUGACGGGUAUGUGUGGGGUGCCUAGAUUUGAAUCGGAGAGAAGGUUAAUAAUGGCGCAUGGGAUGUUAAGUUCUAAAGUCUAUGUGUUUGGGAGUGCCUCAUCAUAUAAAGUGUACCAAUCUAAAAGGAGGAGCAUACGUAGGAUUAUAAAAGCUAUGGGGUUCCAAGAUGUUAAUAUGGAAUUCGGAGCAGGGAUUCCUCUUCUUCGCGCAGACUUUAUGCAUCGCGAUGUGCACUCACACAGAACUUGUCUGGAACAUGUCAUAAUUUAUAAGUAUAUUCUUGUACAAAACGGCAACUCGCCUCCAUUUGAUGAUAGUUCUAAGGCUACGUUGUUAUACGAAAAUGCGCUUGGAAUAAGGCUUUAUGAAGUUAAAUAUUGUUCGGUAUUUGUUAGUUAUAGUAGCGCAGGAACUUUAGAAGAGAUAUUCGUAAUUCAUCGUCCAAAGGAUGGACCUUUGUUGUGCAAGAUGAUUGGUGUUGCUGGUAGUAACCAAAGGAAUGUGAUGAUUGACGGUGUGAGGGCGGUAUGGGUCAAUCGUAAGGGGAAGGUGAGAUGUUUGCUAUUAGUUCCCAGCGGGAAAAUGCCAUCGCUUGAGCCCAAUAGGGACAUGACUCCAGUAGACUGGCAUCAGGACAGCAUUCAGCCAUCUAUAUGGGCAGAAUACUCUGAUACAGAUCUCUCCUCCAAAUAUGAUGUACUUGGAGAGCUUCGUGUUGGAGAGGUAGUUGAGGAAUCGCCUACAGGUCUUUUGGAAAUCCCACAAGCCACCGAGAUUAUUGCAUAUAUGUGCCUAUGCCUACACUUUGCAAAGUAUGGAAGAAGGCCAGAAACGCCAGCCAGGCCAAUCGUCUGCACAUGUUGA